CUUUUCCUUAUAUGAGGCAUGUUGAAACAGACGAUAUCGUGUUUUUAAAAAAUGUUAAUGGAAAAUGAAAACAUUGAAUUGAAAUUCCAGUAACGCUAUGGAAAUGUGCAUAAUAAACAUUCUUCAGAUGCUAUAUUUUAACCUAGUAUGGCUGCAACAUUGUAUUUGGUAUAAAUGUUACGAGCGGUGAGUUAUAUACAGUCUCAAAGAACACAUGUUGAAAAUGUACCACAAUCGCACGUGUCAACGGUGACGCUCUCGCGUUUAAUGUUCAGUCUAGGUGGCAGGUGGCAGCCCACAUCAUUCAGCGCCAUCUAUUAUGUUUUUACAGAACUGACGUAACAAAUGACAAACCGGCAUUCUGUAGCAGACUGACUUCCGUUUUGGUUGUUUGUAAUUGUCGUUGGAAGAAUUCGAUUAUUGAGCUUUAUCAAAAGAUAUAAACAAGCUGUGUGUGCAAAAUUUUAUGAUGUUUGGACACAAGAAGAGAAGUGACAAUAGUUCAGUCUCGUGGGACCAAGCGUAUCGCAGUGAUUUUGAUACAAAUGAAGUCAAUACGGAGACAUUAAAUUUCGUAACACUUGAAGGAAUGUAUGAGGAGGAUGUUAGUAACACUACCAACAAUUCUUAUAUGUCGAAUUUGAACCCAGGAGUGUCUAAUCAGGGUGCUUAUGAUGCCCAUACUCGUUCAUUUUCGUUAACCGAGCCUGAAGGUAUGGAGUGUGAGUUUGCAGAAGAACCGCCUCUGCUUGAAGAACUUGGAAUUAAUCCGAAUCGGAUUUUCGAAAAGAGCUUGGCAGUUUUGAAUCCGUUCCACAGUAAUGGUCAUUUUGAUAUAAACUUGCUGUAUGAAACAGAUUUAGCAGGACCAGCAGCAUUGUGCAUUAUAUUAGGCACUUGUCUGUUACUUACAGGGGGCAAGGCUAAUUUUGGUUAUGUUUAUGGCCUUGUUAUAGUGAGCUGCAUUGCUAUGUAUAUUUUGCUGACACUUAUGACAGCCGAAGGGAUAUUGCCAUUUGGAUCUGUUGCAUCAGUUCUUGGUUAUUGUCUUCUACCUGUUGUUCUUUUGUCUUUUCUUGGUGUUAUCUCAUCUCUCUAUAGUUCACUUGGAUUCAUGUGUGCAGUGCUAGCUGUAAUGUGGAGUAGCUUAUCAGCAUCAAAACUCUUUGCUAGCAUGUCAGGCGAUGCUCAGCAAAGACUUUUAAUUGCAUAUCCAUGUGCUCUUUUGUAUGGAACAUUUGCUCUUAUUAUUGUAUUUUGAAAAUAAAUUUUGUUACUUGUGGGUUAUCGGGACACGUCGCUUUAAAAAUAGGUUAGGUUAGGUUAAUGUGUGUGGAUAAAU